AUGUAUAUCAUAUUUACAAAUGCUGGGCAAGCAAUCGUAGGCCAAAUAUUCCGUCAGAGUGAUGCCCCAAAAUAUCUUCAGGGAAUGAUUGCUGUAUUGUCUUUAGAAUCAGUCGCUGCUUUCCUCGCGCUUAUUGGUAUUUUGGUCUUUUGGUACUCUAACGAGAAAGGAUUAGGCGAGACAGGUCUUCCGGAUUUGAGUGCCGAGAUUAUGUUGCCCGAAGAGCGCGGGACUGAGUCGAAAACGCCCAAGAGCACGGCUGGAACGGUAAUUAUUCAUGCACCAUUUAGAUAUGCACUUUAA